AUGGGUCUUCACGAGCACGUUGGCAGCGAUGCGGCCCAGUUCUAUGAAGAUAUCGCCAAGAGCCGUGAUCUCUCUGAACUCGACAUUGUGUCGAUAGGCGCCGCAACAACAUAUGCUGCAACAAAGCAAUAUGACGAGUAUGUAGCAAAAAAUGGGCCCCUUAAUCAGCACAACAAGACAGUAGAGGUGCUUGUCGGGAUGGCUCAGAAAUACCUUCAGGAGCUUAUUGAGACGAAUAAGUUGUAUCCCGAGGAGUGUGUGCUCAUAAUGGAGCAUACGACAGUGGCGAUAUACCAUACCAUGAACACCGCGAGCCAAGCCGGCGAAAAAUAUUGA